GUGGUGGUGGCAGGGAGGUGGUAGUCGCUCUGACCAGCAGCACACGACAAGCUGUCAACAUGGAGCCUCUGGAGGAAUACCACUCUCCGUUUGACUUUGAACAAGGAGUCAACACCAGCUACCUCUACCUCUCCCCGGCCUACAGUGACACGCCACCCAGCUCGCCAGCUGUCAAAACCAGAGGUUUCCAGCAGCAUCCGGACUCAGUCCCGGAGGUGGGAGAGGAUGCAGUGACGUCCGUCGUUCCCUCCCCCCCUCCACCUGCCAUGACAGAGGAAGAGCGGCAGGAGCUGCAGGAAGAGUUGGUCAAGGUAGAGGACGAGAUCCGAACUCUGACCCAGGUGCUGGCGGCUAAGGAGAAGGAGUUGGCAGACAUUAAGAGGAAGAUGGGCAUCACACCUCUCAAUGAGUUGAAGCAGAACAUCACCAAAACCUGGCAGGAGGUCACCACCUCCACCGCCUAUAAGAGGACAUCUGAAACGCUCUCUCAGGCGGGCCUGAAGGCCACGGCAGCUUUUUCCAAUGUGGGCUCCGCCAUCAGCCGGAAGCUCGAGGAUGUUAGCAUGCGCUCAUUACAACACUCAGCUAGUAUGCCUGCUAUGAGGAACGCACCAACUUUCAAGUCAUUUGAGGAGAAAGUGGAGACUUUGAAGACCAAGAUGACUCCAGCAGCGUCCACCAGUGACCCCGGUGACCAGGAACCCAGCAGCCAAACCACUGAGUCUUUGCUCAGUCAGCCAGAAGACUUGCCCACCCAGGAGACACUGAUGCACUGAGACCUGCCUACCGCACCCCCACCCCCCCCCACCCCCUCCCCCUCCCCCGCCCAGCCCACCCCUCUUCACUUGACUCCCUAACCUCUGGACCAUCAACUCUCACCCCUUAAACUCCUCGUGCCAGUCUCCUUUUAUUGGAAACAAAUGACUUACCCCAGUCUUUGUGAUCUAAUUGUCUGGUCUUUUUGUCUGACGCGUGUGCUCACUAGUUAACUGGAAAGCUUGGGAUGGGUGCAGGCAUGUGGUCUCGUGCCGGUCGUAUAUUUUUGAGUCCAUUCUGGCUCACUGUGGGAGAAAUCCUCCAUGCUGUAUGACUUUCAUUUUCUCCUUUUCAUUUUCCUCUUUCACUCCUUAUUCUCCGCCUUUGUCUAACCAGAAAAGCUCAGAUGCCAAAUGUUCUCCUAUUUUUUUUCUUUAUAUCAAAGUAACACAUUUUCACAUUUUGUUUGUUUGAGUCUAGAAAACCGCACAAAUAUAGAAGGAAUUACACUUACAAACUUGAUUAGAGAAGGAUUUACUCUCAAAAACUUUACUUUACAGUUGUUGGCUUAUUGCUUCUGCGUGGCCCUUUAUUAUUAUAUGUUGGAUUUUAUUAUAAGCACUUGCUUUGUGCCACCAUUUUGGGGCUAUUCUUGGUUUACUAUGGUUACUUUUGUGGGGCCAUCAAGACUUCCAUUUUCUUAACUGUAUUAAUUUUAGGACACCACACGAUCAUAAAGUAGUCUAACACUGUGUUCAGAUUAUAAAUGUAUGCCUUUUUGUGUCAUAUAAGUACAACAUUUUGUGAAAUGUAACCCACGGUAUUGAACUACUACUGAGCUCCCAACAGACUUCAAAAUACAAGCAUUUCAGAAUAAAAAGCAUCCCGUUUUUCCCCUGUUAAGACCCUGACAGAAAAUAAUCUCCACACUUAGUUAACAGGAAAACAGCCAAGAUCAUGAGAACAGAGGCAGCGCAAACACACAGUCAAGGUUCAGCCUUGACCCGAGGUGAGAGUGAAAUAAAUGUGUCUCUUCCUGAGCCAGUAUCAAUAUUUAAACACUUGUCCAUUGUUUCUGUGAGGGAGCUAACACCUAGCCUCCCCCAAGGCCAAGAGAAUACUCCACUGGAUGUUACUCUGUACACUGAUACAGGAUAAUAUAGUACAGUAGUUUACACCAAAUAAUAUACAAGUUUUUUUCUCCCCCCCCCUCCUGUUAAACUGUUUUGAGAAGUUUCUGGGAUAUUGCAUAAAAUGAUCAAAAUCUGCUUCUUUUGAUAGAGUCUUGGCAAACCACAGGAUUAUAUACAGUAUUUGCUGGAAAAGCUGCUUUCAUACAGACCAAACCCCUUUUCUAAAUGUUAAAUGUAUGAAUUAGGUAAUAUCAAUGUUACUAUCAAUCACAAUUUUCUUGAGUUGGCAUUACAAUCUCAUGUUGCUUCAUACAAUUAUAUCCGAGACACUAUAAAACUACUGAACAGUUACUCUCACCACACACUAGUCUAGUUGCACGGGGCUACUGAUGGAUGUUAAAUAAAACUUGAAGGUCAAACAGAGCCAAACGGGGGACAUUCCUCUCUGCUGGGGCAUGAUCGGCCUGGUACAAGUCUUCCCCUGCUGGUGGACGACUGGCUAAACAUGAAUGUGGAUCAGCUCUCUCAACAGCAGUCUUGUUAACCAUUAGUGAAGCAAAUCGUGAGUGUUUUGUUUGCAGCAGUGGGGUUUCAACAGUAAUACAGUAUCGCAUGUCCUCGUGUAAUGUCACUUUCCAGCCAUGACCCAGAUCACUGAGAAACUUCAUUAUGGCUUUUUUAUCUCAGCCAUAGGGAUUUUAUUUGUAAUUAGUCAUACAUAUAACACACACAUACACACUUAUUUGAUGGGUUCUUAAUUUGAAUAGUGGAUUAAAUAAAGUUACUCUAAUUAAAAAUACCUCUGAAGUAACCUGA